CUUCGACCCUUUCAUGCAACGCGAAAACCUUUGAGUUGAGAUAGUACAUUUUCCAAAUCCUUCUAUAUAUACCCUCCUUAUAGCUAGUACACCCCCACAACCCACGUUAUAGUAGAUUCUGCCAUGGCAAUCUCAUACCUGAAACAGCUACUAACUUUAACAUUAAUUCUAUUAGCAAUAGCCACAAAAAUUUCCACAUGCACACCAUCAACCACACGUGUGAAAGCCAUAUACUAUUUAGAUAACCCAACUUUCCCUCCAUCUUCAAUAGACACAUCACUCUUCACUCACAUCUUCUACGCUUUUGUAGUACCCAACAACAUCACAUACAAGCUAGAAAUACAACAACAACAACAACAAGGUUCAUCUUCUAAAGCCACGUCACUCACUACUUUCACAAACACAUGCAAAACCAAACCUUCUCCCAUAACCACCCUCAUUUCAAUCGGAGGUGCAAAUAGCAACUCCAGUCUCUUCGCAUUCAUCGCCUCCGACUCCACCGCACGUGCGACCUUCAUCAACUCCUCUAUCGAAGUCGCUCGCACGUAUGGAUUCAACGGAAUCGACUUCGACUGGGAGUUUCCUCAAACCGCGAAGGAAAUGAACGACCUCGGAGAAUUGUUUCUCCAAUGGCGAAACGCGAUUUCCAACGAAGCUAUAGCCACCGGGAAGCAGCCGUUGUUACUCACCGCCGCGGUUUACUUCGCGGCUGGAUUAUUCCUCUCCGGUGAACCGCGUAAUUAUCCGGUUGAUUCCAUUAAUAAGAACUUGGAUUGGAUCAAUGUAAUGAGCUACGAUCUUCACGGCCCGUGGAAUAACGUAACCGGAGCUCCGUCUGGAAUGUUUGACCCGAGAACUAACGUUAGUGUUGUGAGCGGGUUAUUUUCGUGGAUCCGGAGCGGGCUUUUACCUGAAAAGUUAGUUAUGGGAAUGCCGCUUUAUGGGAAGACGUGGAAGCUUCAAGAUCCGAAUAAACACGGAAUCGGAGCUCCGAGUCUUGGGCCGGGUCCUGGAGUGGAUGGUGGGAUCGCGUAUUUUCAAGUGUUGGAUUUUAAUAAACAAACGGGUACGAAAGUGGUGCAUGAUAAACAAACCGGUUCGGUUUAUUCGUAUAAUGAGAGUUCUUGGAUCGGGUAUGAAGAUCUGUUUACGGUUUCUAUUAAGAUUGGGUUUGCUCAAGCUCUUAAGCUUCGAGGAUAUUUCUUUUGGGUUGCGGGUCUGGAUACUCGUGAUUGGGAAAUCUCAAGUCAAGCUUCAAAAGCUUGGAAGCUUGUCUGAAUGUGACCUGAUGAGUUGGAUGUUGGAGAAGUUUGAAUUUUAUAUUCAACAUCAUAAGUUAAAUAAGCAUGAAUGGAAAAUUUUAUAUUUUUCUUUAAAAUUUUAUUCUCCAUUCUAUUCAUUUCUAAGUAAUGAUUGUAAUUUAUGAUUUGUUAGUGUGU